UGGUGACUUCAGAGGCGCGUUCCCAGCUCGGAGCCAACUGGCAGGCGCGCCCCGCCCCUUGGCUUUGCUCUGGACCAGCGCAGGCGAAGGCUCAGGCUGGCAAGAUGGCGGCGGCUGGAGCGGGCCGUCUGAGGCGGGCAGCGUCUGCCCUGCUGCUCCGGAGCCCCCGCCUGCCUGCCCGGGAGCUGUCGGCCCCGGCCCGGCUCUAUCACAAGAAGGUUGUUGAUCAUUAUGAAAAUCCUAGAAACGUGGGGUCCCUUGACAAGACAUCUAAAAAUGUCGGAACUGGAUUGGUCGGGGCUCCAGCAUGUGGUGAUGUAAUGAAAUUACAGAUUCAAGUGGAUGAAAAGGGGAAGAUUGUGGAUGCUAGGUUUAAAACAUUUGGCUGUGGUUCUGCAAUUGCCUCCAGCUCAUUAGCCACUGAAUGGGUGAAAGGAAAGACGGUGGAGGAAGCCUUGACUAUCAAAAAUACAGAUAUCGCCAAGGAGCUCUGCCUUCCUCCUGUGAAACUGCACUGCUCCAUGCUGGCUGAAGAUGCAAUCAAGGCCGCCCUGGCUGAUUACAAAUUGAAACAAGAACCCAAAAAAGGAGAGGCAGAGAAGAAAUGAGCCCUCCCUGGGCGAAGCCUCCAGCAGGCUAUACCAGCUGUUUCCCACCUGCUGUGCAAUCACCUUAGAUGUUGAGAAGCCGCUCCCUCUACACUGAAGAGCUAUGAGAUACGCACAAUACUUUCUGUUCAUGUUAUGACUUAUGUAAGCAAAAUACACAGUUUCAUUGUUCUGAAUCCAUGGUUUCUUUCAGCCCACUCUUACCGCCUUAACCUAGUUAAUGUAUAUUUUGAAUUGUGUGUAUGGCCUCAGAACUGAAAUUGAUAAUGAAGUCUCAAGUUUUGAUAGCCCGUGAAGUGCAUAAAUAUGUUAAUUUUACCUGAAUUGAUUUGGGGGGAAAUUACCAGUAGAAUGCCCUGGUCUGAUUAUUUGAUAGAACCAAUUGUUGUACAUAAAACAGAUCUGCAUAUAUAUAUAUAUAAAAUAAUAAAAUAAUGGAAUGAUGA